CUUCGUUUGGACGACGACCCCAAACCAGCAGAUGCCAGCCCUCUAUCGCAAGACAUUCGUCAUCGGCGUGCAACGUUUCCAGGGGUCUGCCGGCGAGCGAACCGGCGGUACGUUAUUUAAGGGCGGCGUGGAGGGAGGACGCGGACGCGGCUUAUCAGAUCGAUUGAUAAAACUCUCGCGCCCGGAUUUUACCCCUCGCGCCGUGGCUCGGCAGACGUGUGCGCGCGCCCGGGCGACUUUAAGACGGGCCCCUCCCUUGGCACCCACUGCAGGGCCGCGGGUCUCCGUACCAAGAUAGGUGGCGUGCUUCCUUUUUUUGGGGUGGUUGAUUAGUUUUUGUUAUAUGGGUUGGCUAGCCCGAGGGUUGGCCCGAUAGCUCCGGCAAGGUCAUGUCGGAGCCGAGUGAGCGCAGCGAGAGCCCCGCAGGCACAGACUCGCAGCACGACCACCGGGACCGGGACCGGGAUCGGGAUCGGGAUCGGGACCGGGACCAUGAUGACCAUGACCAUGACCAAAACCACCACGGCGACCGCCCGCCCCCGCGCAAGCGCCAGCGCGUGCGGCUGUCGUGUCUCGAGUGCCGCCGCCGCAAGCUGUCGUGCGACCGCGAGUUCCCGUGCUCGCGCUGUCUGCAGUCGGGCACCCCCGAGCGCUGCGAGUAUGAGACCCGCCCCGGCCUGGCGCCCCCGAACAAGCUCGGCCUGCCGGCCCCGGCCGUGGCCGGGCUCGCCGGGCUCGAUGCCCGCCUGUCGCUGCCGAGCACCGGCGGCGAGUCGCCCUACUUCCGCAAGGACGGUCGCGAGUCCGACCGCCUCCGCCGCCUCGAGCUCGAGGUGGCCCAGCUCAAGAGCCUCCUGGCCAAGCAGGUCGCCUCGCUCGACGGCAGCACCGUGCAGGACCGCUCGCCCCCGGAGCACCUCCGGUCCGAUACGGGCCCCGAACCCGAGGCCGAGGUGCCCGCCUUCCUGCAGACCCAGGUGACCUGCGCCGACCGGGAGGAGCUGCGCUUCUUCCGCGGCAAGGAGUUCAAGACGCGCUACUUCGGGCCCCACAGUGCCUUCCUGGCUUUCCAGGAGCUCACCGGGCUCUGCCCCUUCAUGAAGGAGACCUCGGAGGAGUGGUUGCGGCCGCUGUUCAUCCACAGGAACAAGGAUCGCCGCAAGGACGCCGAGGAGCGGGAGCGCAAGUUCCAUUCGCCCGAUCUCGCCCUGGAGGCGCUGCUCCCCUCCAAGGAGGAGACCGACAACCUGGUGAACAUCUACCUCGACCAGUUCGAGCAGGUCCACCGCAUCCUCCACAUCCCCAGCUUCCGCCGGGACUAUGCCAAGUUCUGGCAGCGAUCCGAGCCCCGCAGCGCCGCCUUCACCGCCCUCGUCCUGGCCAUCAUGGCCAUCUCGAGCUGCCUGGGCGCCCACAUGCCCCACAAGUUCGAGAAGAUGAUGUCGGCCUCGCACGCCCACGCCAUCCGCUGGGUCCAGGCGGUCGACGAGUGGCAGCAGCGCCAGAGCGCCAAGCACCGCCGCCUGAUCCACUACCAGAUCAGCUGCCUCGUCUACCUGGCCAAGCGGAUCAACACCAUCAAGAAGAAGCGCUUCUGGACGAACGCGGGCGCCAUCACGCAGGACGCGAUCGCCGUCGGCCUGCACCGCGAGCCCAGCCACAUGUGCGACAAGAUCUCGCCCUUCAACCAGGAGAUGCGGCGGCGCCUCUGGGCCACCAUCCAGAGCUACGACCUGCAGGCCUCCUUCGACCACGGCCUGCCCUCCAUCCUCUGCUCGCUGCACUACGACGUCGACCCGCCGCGCAACAUCGACGACUCCGAGUUCGACGAGGACACCACCGAGCUGCCCCCCUCGCGCCCGCCCAGCGAGUACACCUUCUCGUCCUACCAGCACAUCAGCCGCCAGAGCCUCGCCCUCCGCCUCGAGCUCAGCCGCGUCUUGACCGGCCCGCCCGACCAGCUGGACUACGACCGGGUGAUCCAGUACACCAACGAGAUCAACCAGGCGAUCGACUCGCUCCCUUCGUGGGACCUGCCCGAGCUGACGUCGUCCUCGUCCUCGUCGUCAUCCCCCGGCUCCUCCCAGAAGCCGCUGCUCAAGAAGCCGCUGCUCGCCUACACGCUGCUGCACAUCCAGCUGCGGCAGUACAUCAUCCCGCUGCACCAGCCGUUCCUGCGGCUGCGCAAGACCAACUCCAAGUACCAGUACUCGGAGAUCAUCUACUACAACGCGGCGCGCGACAUGGUGCUGCUGCACGACCGGCUGGCGCAGCAGGGCGUGCGCACGCUCAACUUCCUGCGCGAGGACUCGCUCACGCUGGCCAUCAACCUCAGCUCCGUCACCAUGCUGCAGCCGCGCGGCAGCACCAACAUGAUCAUGAUCAACUCGCAGCACACCCUGCAGCUGCUCGAGAAGUGCCUCGCCAUGAAGGAGGACCGCAUCCUCCGCUGCGGCAACAACGAGCCCUGGAACUACUCCAUCCUGUGCGCCGCCCUCGGCCUCGUCGAGGCCCACCUCGGCACCAAGACCUCCGAGGCCGCCCGCGCCGCCGCCGCCGACCGCUUCGUCACCCUGCACUACAAGCUGCUGUCCGGCCAGGACCCGCCCGUGUCGAGCCAGCAGUCUGGCGGUGGGGGCGGCGCCGGCGCCGGCGCUGGUGCGGGUGGCGGGUGUUGUGGUGGUGGCGGUGCUGCUGCUUUGGCGGGAGGAGCGGACCAGGGGAGCAGUAGUGCGGCGGCGGGGGCGCCGCCCCUGGCGUCCUCGGAGCCGUUUGUGCGGUCCAAGUCGGUGACUCCGUUCCCGCCCUCGUCCUCGCAGCAGGGCGCGGCCGGGCAUCAGGUCGAGGUCCCCGGCACGCCGUGGUGGCUGCCGAACUCGUCGGAUCCGGCUGCUACUGCUUUUCCGCAGAUGCAGCCGUUGAACCCGGACUUCAGCCUAGAGACGCUGGGGUUGAACCUCAAUGAGCUCUGGGGUACCGGCAACUUUGACUGGGACGCCAUGAUGGGAUGAUGCGCCGGCGUUGCGCAGGAGCGGAGUUGGCCGAGGGGUCUAUAAGGUCAGGUAACUAUGUGGCGUCUGUAUUGGAAGGUUCGGGGAUAGGGACCCAAAAGGAUCUGACUAAAUGAUGUAAACUUAUACCCACAUCCUCGCUCGAUAUCUGCAUGUAAUCUCAACGGGGGCAAGCAUGUACACCAAUCUGGUUCAUGAACAGGCCCCUGUCCGCUUCGCGCUGAGACACUCGGCCGCUCUCCUGGUUUAUCCAAUAAGCAGCCGUAAAUGGUCCGCA